ACAACCACACUCUCCGGCCAAUCCCUAAUUGUGUGUGCGUGUCUGCAUUUAUUUCCUGACAUGAAGAAGGAAACCGAGUAUUUGUUCUCUGAGACUGUGUCUGGUAGUGCUGAGCCUUUUGAAUUGUUUGCUUGACUGAAAAAGUAAAGCUGGCAGAAUUUAGCUGGGAAAAAUUACUGGAGUUUGGUUACCAUGUGGCAUUGUUGGAUGCCCCUCAUCUUGACCUCGUUAUCUAUGGCAACCCCAACGCUCUGCCAAAGUGGAGAGUGGGGUUCAGGCUUGGACAUCUACUCUGCAAUAAUGGCCACCAAUGACACGUUGCAGGCAAUUGGUGAUGAUCCUGUGAGAAUAAGAAACAAUCAAGACUGGGUCACAUCAACAGCUUCACCUAUACUGCAGUAUGAGCCUCAACCGGACAAGUGCUCGGUCCAGUUCAGUACUAACACUGCUUCGGCUCGAAGGCGGAAGGCCCAGAAAGAGGAGCUGGCCUAUUUGCAGGCCAUCCAGCAUGGAAACAAGGCAGUGAUGGAGAAUUUGGUGCAGUUUGUGGGGGCAGAGUUGGGAGAUCAGAACUAUAAAGAUGUGAUUAAGGAAAAUGUCAUUGGCAUCCAAGAGGACCACAAGAGUUGCCAUGAGGUGGUGGAGAAAGCUGAAGAAGAUAUGGAAAAGCAGCUGGAGGGAGAAGUGUUGGGUGCUGGGAUGCAGAAGUGA